AUGGAGUCAGUUUUCCUCACUGUUUUCCAUGGGUUUAUUAAGGGAAGGAUUUUGGAGAAGACUGGACUUUGCAAUCAAAUCACAUUUGGCCGAUACGUGCGACAGGGACGGAAACUAGGGGUGGAUCCAAAGCUCUUUAUCCAGGAUCUGCAGUUUAACAAAGUACCUGUGAGGGUUUAUCAGCCUAAAGCUAUCUCUGAUGGGCGAAGGAGAGCUCUCAUCUUCUUUCAUGGAGGAGGCUGGGUGUUUGGAAGUCUUGAUACCUAUGAAAAAGUAUGUCGCUACAUAUCCAGAGAAAGUGGCUCGGUAGUUACAUCUGUUCAGUAUCGUUUAGCCCCUGAACACAAAUACCCUGCUGCGUAUGAAGACUGUCUUAAUGCCACCAUACACUUCAUGAAGAAGGCAGAGCACUAUGGUGUGGAUCCUGCCAACAUAACUGUCUGUGGGGACAGUGCUGGGGGCAAUCUGGCAGCUGCUGUUAGCCAGACCCUUGCAGGUAGAUCAGACCUCCCCAGCCUGCGUGCUCAGGUCUUGAUCUACCCAGGCCUGCAGGCCCUGGACUUCAAUUUACCAUCCUACCAUCAAAAUCGAGGGGUCCCUCUCUUAUUCCGAGAGCGUGCUGCUUUCUUUGCUCUGCAGUACCUCAAUGGGCAUGCGCUGCAUAUGCAAGAGGUCUUGGAGGGCUCUCAUAUUCCUCCGGAUAUGAGGCUGAAGUACAGGAAGUGGGUGAGCCCAGAUCACAUCCCCGAAAAAUUUAAGAUCAGAGGUGUUAAGCCACAUGAGUCCACUGAUUUUAUUGCUGAAGUUUAGGAGACAGUGAAGAGAUUCUGUGAGCCCAACCUGUGCCCGCUGCUGGCCGAAGAUGCUGUGAUUCAGCAGCUGCCCGAGUCUUUCAUCCUGACUUGCGAGUAUGAUGUGCUGAGGGACGAUGGUUUGCUUUACAAGAAGAGACUGGAGGACAAUGGUGUUCCAGUGACCUGGUACCACCUCGAGGAUGGAUUCCAUGGAAUCAUAAGCCUCUAUGAUUACUGUGGUUUGUCAUUCCCAUCUGGGAAAAGGGGAUUGGACAGCGUUGUUAACUUCCUAAAAAGCUUAUAG